AUGCUGGAUCUCCACCAGUUGUGUCUCCUCACACAACGGCCUAUCACUUCAGAGUACUCCCAGAAGCUACGGAGUCUCCUCGAGUCGGGGAUCCCCGCCACCUACACUCUAGAACAGGCGGCGGCUUAUAACGCCGAAGAACAAGGUCUCGAGGCCCCGGAGACGUCUGGCGACACCACCCCGCUUCACAUUUUGUGCAGCGCCUACCCUGAAGAUGCUACGGCUGAUGAAACCGCAGUGGUGCUUGAAUUGAUGGACAUUCUUAUGGAAUACGGUGCAGGGUGGAACCACACCGAUGGCGACAACCGCACCCCCGGGUGUGUGCUUGUCAACCGCAAAUUGACUGAUACCCCAUUAUAUAAGCGGAUGGUGAGUGCUGGUGUCCAAGCGGAGUUGUUAUUGCGUAAAGUGAGUGAAUACGAUAUGGAGGUGUUGAGUGACGAUGAAGUCGCCCAAUUAGAACUCCAACAAGCUGAGGAAACUGAACAACCAGAACCUGAAACCAAAGAAGAAACUGAGACCAAACAGCUGGAAACUAAGGUGGAACCCGAAGAGGACGAUGGGCAGGAUGCUCCGGAUGCGCCGUCGCUCAACCAAACCCUGUACUUAAACACGAAGCUCGAGUACACCGACGACGCCUUGGUCACCGCCGAACGCAAGGACGGGGUGAUGAUGGCGUGGGAGACCCAGCUUAUGGAGCUCGGCGCCAACCUGCUCUUCGCUCAGGCGGAACCCGAUAACGCCGUCGUGCUCAAUAUCGGGUUCGGCAUGGGCAUCAUCGACACCUUCAUUCAACAGAAACAACCCAAAAAGCAUUACAUCUGCGAGGCCCACCCGGACGUCCUCGCCAAGAUGAAACAAGACGGCUGGUACGCUAAGCCCAAUGUCGUCGUGUUGGAGGGGAGAUGGCAGGACAACUUGGAUACGCUCUUGCUGGAGGGGGUAUUUUUUGACGGCAUAUAUUACGACACGUUCUCCGAGCACUACGCCGACAUGCUUGAGCUUUACGACUACGUGGUUGGUCUCUUAAAGCCUCAGGGUGUAUUCCUGUUCUUUAACGGGCUCGGGGCCGAUCGCCAGGUGGUGUACGACGUGUACAAGGAGCUCGUCGACUUGGACUUGAGCAACUACGGGCUCACGUGCAAGUUUGAACCUGUGCCUGUCCCCGCCGAGAACAUGGCCAACGUGUGGGAUGAAGUCAAGCGCCUGUACUGGGCGUGCCCCACCUACUACCACCCCCAGGCCCUGUUUGCUGCAUUUGAAGACGACACCAUAUAA